UCCAAGCAAAGGCCAAAACUUUGGUGGGUUAUCGGUGGACGGUUAUGUGAUACCGGUAAAUGCUUCGACAAUACCGCACAGAACGGCUCCUCUUAUUUUCUUUUCUUUUCUUUUCUUUUCUUUUCUUUUCUUUCUUUCCUUUCUUUCUUUUCUUUCUUCGCCCAAUCCACUUGCAUAUCGUGGUAUCACAUCGCAAUAAACAAACAAAAACGAAAACCAUUCGCAGAACAGAAACGGCAAAUACCGCGCUGUUACCAACACAUUCUGCGUUCUUCACUUCCUCUUCCAGUGAUCGCACCCAAGCUCUCGCCUUGGGUAUACAAGUAUUAUCGUGAGCGUCUGCUUGGUCGAUUGGCCCUCUGCCGACCAAUACCAUAGCAGACCUAUAUGAGCGCUAUAUGCCAAAAUAAAUAUAGCAGCUUCGUGGCUACAGGUCACAUCAUAAACCUCUCUUUCAGCCUCUGACUAAGAUUAUUACAGCGGGCUGAAGAACUGCACUUCCCCUUACAAUCUGCUUGUAAACACACACAAAGAAGGAAAAGGGUGAAUGUUGUUUCGGGGGAAUUUUAUACCUCGCCCGAACGAGUUGUCCCGGCAUCCGAGGACAAAACCCCAACCAACCAACCGAACGAGUGACCCGAAGCCCCGUGGCGACGGAAAAUGGAGUGAUGUGCGGGAAAUGAAUACCGACAAUUUGAGGGGCCGUUUGGAUGCCACGAUUUCGUACAUUAUCCUCAGCCGUAUGAUCCUGUUUUUCACCAAGGCGGGGGAGGUCGUUUGAAGCUGGAUGGAUGGAUGGAUGGAUGGUGCUCGGGGGUCCGGAAUCCGCCCUUUUGACUGCCAAAAUCACAUAAUGGACCGCGAGUGCGGCCGAUACAGUAGAUGAAAUUAUGUCCGUCACGUGAAGCCUGACAAGAAGAAUUUGGUGAACCUUCUUGGGGCAGUGUGUCCGGAUAAGGCACGUGACGGAUAUAUUUUAUCGGUCUCAGUUGUAAUCGUGAACAUAUCCUGAAUAAAUAAGACGAUUAGGCAAAUUCUUGAUAGGGCUAUCCAAUAUUUACUCCUUGUUUCUGUGAUCUUUGUUGAUUGGCUAAGUAUUAGGUGAGAAGCAUGGCUGUAGUGGUCCAAAAGUAUCGUGCUUCAAAAUGAGCCCAAGUUUGCCAAGUGUAUAGCUUCCGGCUGAUCUGGACUUGGCGGGUUUCGCCGCCAAAGACGGUUAAGGGAUGAGAGGCAUCAGGGGUGAACGGGUGUGUAUAUCAUACCGUGUCAUAGACUCAUGGGCUCAGGAAGGAGAAGAAGGUAUAUUACUGUCUAUCGCUACAAGUUUGUCCAGCAUGAAGUACCGUACCACAACGAUAGAGCCGAAGUUAGUGUGGACGCUCAGAUGUCCGCGAGAUGAUUUGCAAUAUUAUAGAGUACAAAUAAUUGAUCUCUGUGCCGGGGACUUGACGCCUGAUACUUGCAACUUGGGUGUGGUUUUACCAGUACGGUGCUGGGGGGAGGGGGGGGCUCCAGAGCACGUGGUUCUUGAAAUAACCCCCAAGCACAUCAUCUCCCCCCUACAGGUAGUUAACAGAUGUCUAAUUCCCCACAAAGUUACGCUACGGCGGCAGACCGGAUCUGUACGGGCACUUGUCCAGGGAAAACCGAUCGAAUUCGCUAUCCAGCAUAAUGGCCAAGCCUCCAUUGCUGGGAUUUAUAGGGGAAAAUCAAAACCUCGAGCUAUAAAUCCGCUCGUGGGGUCCUGUGUUUCUACGAUGAAGGGGGGGGGGACUCAUACAACGAAGUUCCGAGGAAAACCACCAUCGCCAAGAGUGAUGCUCGCAAUGUAUGAGCAUAAUACUCUCUCCCCUGCCUUGCGAUCAUCCACAGAAAGGUCCACGAUUGCGCAUGAACGACUACGAACAUGGUUGCGUCCCCCACAGCAUUUAUGCUGUUGCAAUUUAGGAUUUAGGAUAUAGUGGAGGAGGGGGGAGGGGAAGAGAGCGUUAGAAUUCAAUCUUCUCUAUAGCUGUCCCUUAGUGAUUUGCGAGCUUUGAGAUCUUCUUUUAUCGAUAUCCUCUCCUUUACUGUACUAGUAUGAUACUGUACUCGUACUCGUACAUUCACGGGAAACCCUAACCCAACGGCCUGACCCAAGAUUGUGGAGAUUGUGGAGAGAAUGUGGAGAAGCAGUGCGACAAGCUGCCCCACCAAAAACGUCUGAGACGAACCGUAGCGAACUCCUCCGGCAAGGAAAAAAAAUUUGCUUCCAAUAUCAUGUACUGCCAUAUACCACUGCGCCCCCCAGAGUACAGUACUGUACAGCUGCACUUAACGGCAGCCAAGCUCGCUCGACUCGAGCACGCUAGUACGAGUACAAGUGACUGCAGGUCUCUCUCUCUUUUUGCGCCCACGCGUUGUAUCAUACUCGUACUGCCCAAGUACCAGCGCUUAUCAUGCACUGCGACACACAACAACGACAAGCCCCUCCUCGUCCCGAGCGGCCCCCAUCCCAACCUCGGUGUGGCGCUAUGGUGAGGCAGCGGUCAGCAGUACGGUACUCGUACCUACCCGCAGUUAGGAGCUCCUGCAGCGUACUCGAGUCUCGAGCCGAGUGAUCAACAUGAUGCCAUAAUAGUAAACUAUUUUUUUUUCUCAUCUCUUUUCGCCUAGCGCGUUUAUGGUUGGCUCUGCUUAGCUUGGAUUACCGGGUUCCUGGUGCACCCUUGGGCGGUAUGGGUCAUUGAAUUGACAAGACUUGACGUGCGAGGUAUCAUCGUCGCUGGCACCCC